AUGUCGUGGAUUAUGAAAAAGAUUCUUGAAUACCAUUUGGAGGCUAGAGUGCGCCGAAGAGUUAUUUCCAACUCCAAUUUUCUGGGUUGGCCAGUAAAUGCUGCAAUUGUAAUACUUUCUGAUUUAAACAAUUUCUUGAAUGGAUGGCAAUUAAUUCUGCAGCUUCUGCAUUUUAUGUUGCGAUCCAAAACAACAAAAUUCAUUAUAAUGGGACCGCCGGGAUCUGGGAAGGGGACAAUCUCAGAAAGAAUCCUUAAAGACUUUAAAAUGAACUAUCUAGCCACCGGAAAUAUGCUCAGAAAUGAAAUGUCACAAAAAACAGAUCUCGGCCUGGAGGCAAAAAAAUACAUCGACUUUGGAAAACUCGUGCCUGACCAAAUAAUCACAGGAGUCGUACUCAACAAAUUGGCGGGAAUGAAAAAUGAAAAUUGGCUUUUAGACGGUCAGUUUUUGUACAUAAAAACAGGAUUUCCCCGAACUAUUCAGCAGGCAAAUGCCAUUUUAGAAAACGAGGAAAUUAAUGCAGUUUUAAACUUGGAUAUUCCCUUCCAAGUCAUUGUGGACAGAAUUCGAGGCCGGUGGACUCACGUAGCCAGUGGGAGGGUUUACCACACUGAAUUCAACCCUCCCAAAGUCCCCGGAAAGGACGACGAGAGUGGAGACGAACUGAUUCAGCGGGAGGACGACAAGGAGGCGACUGUGCGUGCCAGACUGGACUAUUAUAACACUAUGACUAAACCACUGCUUGAAUAUUUCAAGUUUAUUUAUUUAUAUUUAAUUUUUAGAGGGAAAAAUCUGCUGGUGGAGUUUAGAGGGAAAUAUUCGAAUGAGAUUUGGCCGCACGUGCAUGCAUAUAUUGCCCAGAACACGUCACCACUCUCAUUCACUACUUAUAACUAA